CCUGCCCUCGUGCGAAGUCGUUUUCCUUCUUCCUCACACCAUCCACGAUGGCUUCCCGCGAGCUCACUGAGCGCGACAGGCCCGUCUACGACGAUGGGCUGGACAACUUCAUCCUGGUCGACGGCGUGCCUGUGGCACCAAAGGCCAAGCUGCCGCUCCUGGCCACCGUCCUGACCAAGGUGUUCAAGGAGUUCAAGCCAAAGAAGGUCACCCUCGCCGAGGAUCCCGACACUGGCAAUGGCGUUGGAGCCGCAUACGUCGAGUUCUCCAAGCCACAGGACGCAAAGCAAGCCUGCGAGAAGAUGAAUAACCACAAGCUCGACAAGAAGCACACCUUCAAGACCUUGCCCCUGUCCAAGUUCAACGAGGUGAUGAAGACAGAGGAGGAGGUCGAGUUUGAUCUCCCGGAGCCAGGCAACACAGAGGACAGCCUGUACUCUUGGCUGCUGGAGCCCAACGCGUGCGAUCAGUUCCUGCUGCACAGUGGCACUGUCGUUUCUGUGUGCAAGAACCGCGGGCCUCGGCGCACCACCAUCGAGUCUCGUGACGGUUGGACACAAUACACAGCCAUGUGGUCUCCCAAGGGAACGUACCUGGCCACCAUCCACCAACAGGGUGUUGCCUUGUGGGGUCUGCCCAAGUUUGAACAGAUUGGCAAGUUUGCGCACGGCGGUGUUCGCGGCAUUGACUUCUCCCCAGACGAGCGCUACCUCAUUACAUGCUCCAUGGCCAACAAGGACAAGACUGUCAUUGUCUGGGACGUUGAGACACAAAAAGAGUGCCGCUCCUUUGCCAUUGAUCUCGAGACGACGCCCUGGCCCGUGUUCAAAUGGUCCUAUGAUGGCAACUACUUUGCGCGAAACGUCGAAAACGCUCUCCUCGUCUACGAAACAAAGACCUUCACCAAGCUUGGAAAGAAGAACAUUGUGAUCCGCGACUUGAAGGAGUUUGAGUGGUCGCCCGCUGACAACGUGAUUGCGUACUGGACCCCUGGCUCAAAGAGUGUUCCCUACCGUGUCUCCCUCAUGAAGAUCCCGUCCCGUGAUGAACUGGCUUCCAGGAACAUGUUCAAAGUGGAUGACUGCACAAUGUUCUGGCAGAAGAGCGGGGAUCACUUGUGUGUUCGUGUUGCAAAGACCAAGCACAAGAAGGUGUCACACGAUUUGGAGAUUUUCUUCUUGAGAAAACGUGACGUGCCCUUUGAGCACAUUGAGCUGGAUUUCGAGGUUGUGGAUGUCCAAUGGGAGCCCGUCGGUUCCAAGUUUGCUGUGUUGGUGAAGGAGAACGCGUUCAAGCACCGCGUUGUGUUUUACGACUUUGUUGAGGACAAGAUGACGACCAUUGGCGAGUUUGACGUGCCUGCAAAUACGGAAAUCUCCUGGAGCCCUCGUGGCGAGUUCUGCGUCCUCGUGCCUCUUCGUCAGCCAGAAUCCCGCCUCAAGUUCUUGAGGGUAACAGACAACAAGUGCGAGAAGCUGCAGGAGGGUGCCCACGACAACGUGUCCAUGGGUACCUGGGAUCCCACUGGCCGCUUCUUCGUCAGUGCCGUCACCCGCGCCGGCGCAAACCUGGAUUUUGGAUACAAGAUGUGGUGGUUCACGGGCUCGCUUGUUGACGAGAGGGAGGAACACGCUGGUCUGUGGUCCUUCCAGUGGCGGCCACGACCUGCGUCGCUGCUGACAGAGGAGGAGGAAGCCGAGGUUAAGAAGACGCUUAAGUCGCACUGGAAGCAGUUUGAGGAGGCCGACAAGCUGUUCUCGCAGCAGUCCUCUGAGGAGGAGCGCGACAGGCGGCGUGCCCUCUACAAGCAGUGGAACGACCUCUACGAGAAGAAGAAGUCCCUCAUCCGCAAGUACCAGCACAUGCUCGACUCCCGCGAAGGUGUUGAUGACGUCAUUCAAACAGUAUCGGACUCCAAACUGGUGCUCGUCAGCCAAGAUCGAACGCCGCUUGAAGAGUGAUGCUGUGUGUUGUCGUAUUAGCUGUCCGCGUCGUUACAUGACUCUUUUGCCCCGUGUGUCGUGUUUUUGUUCUGUGUCACGUGUUGUAUUGCAAACCGCAACAACUCGCGAGAAUGAUCUAAUUGGCCUCUCGCGUGGAUUUUCUUUGCUGCCCGUUGGCACAUCAAAUACAAUUGCCGGCAAUGAAAGUA